ACUUGUGGUUGGGAGAAGAGAAAAUGAUCGCUAUUAGAACUGAGGAGUUCUGAGCACAUAAGAGCUGGGGAGGGGGUGGUUGCAGUGUACAGGAUGUGAUCUACCUGUAACACUUUCCUUGCAUUAUGAUGAGGGUUACUCUACUUAGAAAAGGGCGGAGGUGAGAGGAUGCAACGCAACGCUGAUUUCACCAGCAGAUAAUGAGGAUGCAACCCUUAAUGAGUCCCUGUUUUGAUCGACUGAAGAGGGAAUGGGGAAAUUGAAGCCAGGACUUGAUGCAGAUUGGCUACUGACGCAAAACGCCCACCAACCUUGGCCUGCCCCAGUCUCCGCCCCAAGCCUGACUCAGGUGAAAAUGGCGCCACGCGUGGGGGCGGGGCCGGCGGCACACAGAGAGCGCCUAUUGGUUGGGAGCGGCACAGGCCGCCUUCUUCGCUUCGCCAUUGGCCCGCUCCAUAAGGCGAGGGAACCUACAAGGGGGAUGAGCCCGAACUAGGGAUGUAACAGAGCUCCAGAGCCAACACGGAGUCCGGAGCCCCGUGGGAAGCCGCUGCCGUCUCGCGGCUGGGUUGACGGCAUUGCACGCUUUCGCGGGGAGGCUCUGGCUUUCCAAACGCCGGCACUGAAGGUUUUCCUGUUCCUUUUUUUUUUUUUUUUUUUUUUAACUUCCUGCCGAUCCGCACGCAGCCAUCAGCCCACAAAGACAUGACUACCAACGCGGGCCCUUUGCACCCAUACUGGCCUCAGCACCUAAGACUGGACAACUUUGUGCCUAAUGACCGCCCCACCUGGCAUAUACUGGCUGGCCUCUUCUCUGUCACAGGGGUCUUAGUUGUGACCACAUGGCUGUUGUCAGGUCGUGCCGCGGUGGUCCCACUGGGGACUUGGCGGCGACUGUCCCUGUGCUGGUUUGCAGUGUGUGGGUUCGUUCACCUGGUGAUUGAGGGCUGGUUCAUUCUCUACUACGAGGACCUGCUUGGAGACCAAGCCUUCUUAUCCCAACUCUGGAAAGAAUAUUCCAAGGGAGACAGUCGAUACAUCCUGGGUGACAACUUCACAGUGUGCAUGGAGAGCAUCACAGUUUGCCUUUGGGGACCACUCAGCCUGUGGGUGGUGAUUGCCUUUCUCCGCCAGCAUCCCCUACGCUUCGUUCUACAGCUCGUGGUCUCUGUGGGUCAGAUCUAUGGGGAUGUGCUCUACUUCCUGACGGAGCACCGUGACGGAUUCCAGCACGGGGAGCUGGGCCACCCUCUCUACUUCUGGUUUUACUUUGUCUUCAUGAACAGCCUGUGGCUGGUGCUGCCUGGAGUCCUCGUGCUUGAUGCUGUGAAGCACCUCACUCAUGCCCAGAGCAUGCUGGAUGCCAAGGCCACGAAAGCCAAGAGCAAGAAGAACUGAGGAGUUGUGGACAGGGCUCAAAUGCUGACCAAGGAGGAGCUCUCCACCUGCCGGAAGAGUCUAGUCCUGCUCCUACAGGUUGGAGGGACAAAGCUAAUUGAUGUGUACACUCUGGCUCAUGGGUGGGCAUGAGAUGGGGAAGAAAGGGGCUGUGUGGAGGCACUGCUGGGAGCCAUUGGGACACAGAUACAAGAGAAGCCAGGAGGUCUAUGAUGGUGGUAAUUUUUAAAAUCGGGAAAUAAAAGAUCUUGACUCUAA